AUGACGACAAGCUCAGCGGCGCCUAAUGGGUCUCACAGCAAUGGUGGCCAUAACCUAUAUGGUCGGCAACAACAGAACGCACAUCGAGGCAAAUCUGAUGUCUGCGUCGUCGGAGCCGGGCCUGCCGGCCUUAUGCUCGGAUCUUUGCUUGCAAGAUUCGGUCAAAAUGUUCAGAUUAUUGAUGAAAGACCAGACCAGACAACUGUCGGUCGAGCAGACGGAAUCCAGCCGAAGUCAAUAGAGACGCUGCAGAUGCUCCGCCUCGGUGACGAGCUCCUCCGCACAGGAGUCAAGGUGCAUGACAUUUGCAUGUGGCAGAGCUCGAGCGAAGCUGACCUGCGUCGGCUGAGCCGGUCCAUUCACUACCCUACAUCUGUUGUUGAUGUUUUACAGCCUUACAUCCUGCUGUGUCAUCAGGGUAUGAUGGAGGGUGUCUUCAUCGACGACCUUCGCAAGAGCGGUGUUGAGAUCAAGCGCAACCAUAGCUUCCAGACCUACGGUGCUCUGAACGACGGCUCAUUGCAAAUUGACUGCCAACACGCUGAGAUAGGUCCAAUGAGAAUAAGCUCGGAGUAUCUCGUUGGUUGCGACGGUGCACGGUCUCUCGUACGCAAAAGUAUUCCCGAUACAUACGCCCAAGGGACGCCACACACCUCGGUAUGGGGUGUCUUGGAUGGUGAACUGGAGACGAACUUUCCUGAUAUCUGGAGCAAGACGGUAGUGUUCUCGGAACAACAUGGGUCCAUCCUUAUCAUCCCUAGAGAACGCAACAUGACCCGUUUCUAUAUCGAGAUGAAGUCUUCGACAUCGUCAAAAGACUUGGGCGAGCAGUACGUAAUGGAACAAGCGAAACUGAUCCUCGCGCCGUACAGCGUCAAAUGGCGCUCUGUAGAAUGGUUCGGCAACUACCAAGUCGCUCAGCGUGUGGCCGCACGCUUCUCAGACCCGAACCAGCGUGCUUUCAUCGCUGGAGACGCCAGUCACACCCACAGUCCAAAGGCCGCUCAAGGCAUGAACACAAGCAUCCACGACUCUUGGAACUUAGGAUGGAAGUUGAACUUGGCCUUGCGCGGAUUUGCGAAGAAUGACAUUUUGUUGGGCACGUAUGAGCAGGAGCGCAAGAAAAUUGCACACGACCUCAUCAACUUCGACUUCGAACACGCCAACGAAAUUGCUGGCGGCGAUGCUAAACGCUUAGCUGAGAAUUUCAAAACGAACACACGCUUUAUCUCGGGCGUGGGUGUUGAAUAUGGCGAGAAUGAGCUUAACCGAAGAUGCGCAGAGACCGUGAAAGGUCACGCUAAGCCUGGCUGCAAUCUCCCACCUGCAAAGCUCACUCGGUAUAUCGACGCUUGUCCGGUAGAUGCCCAGCUAGACAUUCCUAUUUUGGGUCAGUUCCGCGUGUACGCAGCUUCAAACGAUAUCUUGAGCGCUGCAGGAGCUUCGUUCCUAAGCUGCUUCAGUGAUGGCGUAACAUCGGCAUCUUCCCUGGUGUCGCGGCUGUCAACGGCAGCGGCUCAGUCCUACGAGAUGAAGCCCCGAGCCGAACGAGCCGAUAACGUUCAUGAGCGUCCUGAAAGAUAUACUUCAGUCAGCCAACUUUGCACAUUUGCCCUCAUCACAUCUACAAAUAAAGAUGACUUCGAGAUUGCGUCUCUGCCACAUUUGUUUUCUCAGAGUGGUUGGACGGUCUACCUGGACGAUGUGGCGUCCCUUGACACACAGGGCCGAUCGUGUACGGACAAGUGGCUAGGUGGUCUAGGACCCGAUGAGGCUGCAGUGAUCAUCGUUCGACCAGACGGCUACGUAGGAUCAAUUGGCCGCUGGAGCGCCACAGAUCGUGGCGUCGGUGAGCUUGCGGCAAAGUGGCUGGAUGACUACUUUGGUGGCUUCUUACAAAUAGCGGACGGUUAUUAG